CUGGCCCUGGAUCCAAGUGCUGUGCUUUCUAGUGCUCACAGACCUGUUGUGGACUUUACCUAUCUCUAAGGAACAAUGGCCAAGGCUUGAGGACAUGGAACUGGCUGAGGGUUACCUGAGGAGGUUCUACCACAUGAGCCCCAGCAGUGGCCCCCAGCCCCGUAAUAGGAGGGCCACCGCCACCUCAGCCCUGGGGGAAAAGAUCAGGGAGAUGCAGGGUUUCUUCAGUCUGAAGCAGACUGGCAGACUGGACCUCCAGACACUCUCUGUGAUGAGGAAGCAUAGGUGUGGAGUGCCUGACAUGGAAAACUACAGCUUUUACCCUGACCAGAUCAAGUGGAAGAAUUCCACCAUCACAUACAGGAUUGAUCAGUACACCCCUGACCUUACACAGGAGGAGGUGGAUACUUCCUUCCGUUUGGCCUUAAAGAUCUGGAGUGACGCGGCCCCACUGAAGUUCAUCAAGGUCAACCACGACAAGGCAGACAUCAUCCUCUCCUUCGCAAAAAAAACUCACGGAGACUUCUUUCCCUUUGACGGCCCCAAGGGUGUUCUGGCCCACGCCUUCGCACCAGGGGAGGACAUGGGGGGAGAUGUGCACUUUGACGAGGACGAAAUCUGGACGAUGGGGCAUUCCAAGCUAGGUUAUAACCUGUUCACUGUUGCGGCUCAUGAGUUAGGCCACUCCCUGGGCCUCUCCCAUUCCAAAGACCCCUCAUCUCUCAUGUACCCCAACUACAAUUAUUACAUUGGAGCACAGUACAUACUUCCACAAGAUGACGCACUGGGAAUCCAGGCGCUGUAUGGCAAGCCAGUCAGAAAACAGGAUCCACUAAACCUUCCUAAGAAGUGCGAUCCCAACUUCUCUGUUGAUGCAGUGGCAGUGUUCGGGAAGGAAAUUGUGUUCUUUAAAAACAGGUACAUGUGGUUGAGGACAACAUGGACGACAUACUGGAACCGUCUGAGAGAGGGCCCCAGCAGCACAUACCUCCCCAGCAUCAACUCUCCUGUGGACGCAGCCUAUGACAUCCCUGCCAAAGGCGUGGCAUAUGUCUUCACUGGUCCUAAGUACUGGGUGGUUCGACAGCUUAAGAAGAAAAGCCACUUUGGCUCCAUAUAUGACUAUGGAUUCCCAGCCAGAGUAAGGAACAUUGACGCUGCUGUUCAUAUCAGUGAAUAUGGAAAAACCUUCUUCUUCAUAGGACACGAUUACUAUAGAUACGAUGAACACAGACGUAGGAUGGAUCCAAGAUUUCCAAGAAACAUCCAAACAGACUGGCCAGGUAUUGGGAGGAGUGUUGAUGCUGCAUUUGAGUUACAAGGUACUAUCUAUCUCUUCAGUGGAACAAAGGCAUACAACUAUGACUACAGACAGAACCGGAGUAUUAUCAAGCCAGACUUCAACAAGAGCCUGGAGGCCAUGCAGGCACUCUUUGGCCUGGAGGUCACUGGGGUUCUGGACAAAAACACUCUGGAGACAGAUGAUGAGGGGCAGGAGGCUCUACAGUCCUUCACCACCCAAUCUUUCACGGGGUCUCCCCCCCAGUCAACCUUCUCCAGCUUGGGUUCUGCAUCCUCUAUGCCUCCCUUCCCCUUCCCCACAGGACCAAAAAGAAUGUUGAAAAAGCAGAAGGUUGCUGACAGGGGGUCUCGUAAGCUGGUUCAGCUCAUCGCUCUGGACUCCUCAGGACGUCCUGUCUUCCCCAUAGUACUUGGGGGUCUGACUGUGUACAGUCUAGGGGAUAUUAUCACAGUCAGCAUGCUAUUCCAUGACCAGUGUGCCAUCUACCCAGUGAGCUUCUGCAAGACACACUUCUUUGCCAGCAUGAAGAGCCCUGAUCAGGUGCAGUGCCUCUACACCUGCCAGAUUAAGGACGGGGGUGGUGGCCCACAGUUUCAGAUAGUGCCUGAGGAAAACCAUAAGAAAGCCAUAGCUGCUUCCUCUGCCCUCACCUGCCAUUCCAACCUACUGAAGGCCAUUGGUGCUCUAAGUCUUAAAUUUAUGGCCCACAUCAUGCCUUCAGGAGCAGACUUCUUUUGUUUCUCCCACUCCACCGUCCAGAACCUUAUCUAGUACUUCCCGGGAGCACACAAGCGCUGCAAUUAUCUGUGGAUCCGUUUCGAGGUGUGUCAUCCUGGCCAGGCUCUACACAGCCUGUUGGAGGACAACGCCUCGGUCAACUUUGAGCCCUACCAGAGACACCAGGGUUUGAUGACAGCAUGA